UGUCAUGGAUCCACAACAGAAACAGAGCAAAGAGUGAAGAGAGAAAAAACAGCAGCUGUACAUACAUCCAACCGCAAAGCAGAGCUAAACUAUGGAAAGGUCUACAGUGUCCUCUGGUUCUGUGCCCUUAUUUUAGGGUUCAAACUCUGUUCUUGUGCAUGAUUCUCGAGUGAUAAGCCUGAAGAAAAGCCUGGAAACUCUACGCUCAGUCGUUUUUGCUGAAGAAAUGUUCUGGGGAUACACUGUCACUGCUUUCCUAUGUGCACAGGCCCUGCACAUCAGGUCAGAAGAGCUUGAUGUGGGUGAACUACAGGAAGAUAUUGCAUGUGCGGAUCUCACCAACACCACAUGGCAGCAGUACAGACAGCGGACCGAGCUGCAGGUCCGGUAUCUGCUACUGACGAGGAACAACCUGGAAUGUGCUCAAGCAUUCAACCAGGAGUCCCUCUCAAAAACACAGCUUCCACCUUACUUCAACACAUCCCUGAAGUCAAAGGUCAUUGUCCAUGGAUACAGGGCUAGGGGCAGUAAGCCAUCUUGGGUGACGGACUUGGCUCAGGUGUUGCUCCGAGCAGAGGAUGUGAACGUGUUGAUUGUGGACUGGGUCUAUGGAGCGUCCUUCGCUUAUAACCUGGUGGUGCAGAGCUACAAAGAGGUGGCUCUGCAGAUCUCAGUCCUCAUCAACCAUCUACAGAAACAAGGAAGUAAGCUGGACUCGUUUCACUUCAUAGGGAUCAGUCUGGGAGCACACGUGUCUGGUUUUGUAGGAACUCUAUUUGAGGGAAAGAUUGGACGAAUCACAGCCCUAGAUCCAGCUGGUCCCAUGUUCAAGAGAGCGGACACGUUUGAUCGACUGGACCCAUCAGAUGCCAAGUUUGUUGAUGUCAUCCACACCGACUCGGACUAUUUUGGCAUCUCCAUCCCGAUCGGUCACGUUGACUUCUUUCUGAACGGAGGCAAUGACCAGCCUGGAUGUGCCCGCUCAAGAUUUGAUUCUAUGUACGGCUAUGUGAUUUGUGACCACAUGAGGGCGCUGCACGUCUACUUGAGCGCACUGAACCACUCGUGCGCACUGACAGCUCUGCCCUGCACCAGUUAUGAGGACUUCCUGAUGGGCCAGUGUGUGGACUGCAAUGUGUUCAAGGGAACGUGUCCAUCUAUCGGUUUAAAAGAAAACAGCGGCAUCACAGUAUUGCCAGUUCCCAAAGAGCAGAAGGUGUUUUUAAUGACAACUUCAUCUGCACCGUUUUGUGCUCAUCACAUUCUGGUGGAACUGGAGGUUGCUUCUUUGGAGAAAAGUGCUGAGAUCGAGUUAACUCUGUUAAAAGGAAACCAAAAAGUGGAGAAGAGGCUUAGACUUCAGACGGAUAAAACAGUGUACAAGACAGUGCUGGCUCAUCAGGCACCUCUCUGUGAGAUUGAGUCCAUCAUACUGAGAAACACUGGGAUGCGCUUCUAUCGACAAACAGAUGUCCACGUUCGAUCUGUGUGUCUGCUACAGCUACCCAGACGAGAGACACCUCUUUGUGUGAACAAAUUUGAUGUUCGUCGUGGAGCUCCCUGGUCACAUGAUUUUAUACAGGUCUGUAAUUGAAAUUUAAAAAAGAAAUGUGUCCAUUAACAGAACAAUAUUACUUGUUCUUUUAGCACUUUUUCACUAACUUUUUCUGUAAGUUAUGAAAAUGUGGGUGCUAGCUAAUGUUCUUUAAGAUAAAUUAUUUGUCAAAUUGUGUGUAAUUUCAGUCAUCCAGGUAGAACCAUGGCAAAGGAAAAAUUCAAUUUGUCAACAGAACAAAGUUUAUUUUGGCUGGAAACAUUUCACAGCCCAUCCAAGCUGCUGCUUCAGUUUGAAGAAGAAACAAAAUGACCAAAAUAAACUUUGUCCCGUUGACAAAUUGAAUUUCUCCUUUGUUAUUUGUCAGAUUAUUUCAGUUUGUAUCACUACUGUGUCAACUUAUUGCUGAACUUAUUUAAGACAGUACUUACUAACAGGAUUAAAACUGCCAUUGUCAGUAUGUCUUUUGGAAGUAGGACAUUGUACCAAUAUUACAUAGCAUUAUA